CGCACAGCUCGUCGGCGGAGCUCGCCGUGAUCGCUGUGCCGACCACUCUUCGGACGAUGCUCCGCUCAAGAGCUCCGCUCUUGCCGAGCCUGCUGCGCUCGCGCCGCGCCUCCUCCACGUCCUCCGCUGCCGCGGCGAGGCUCAUCGGCCUCGAGGAGCGGCACGGCGCACACAACUAUGCGCCGCUGCCAGUGGUCCUCGAGCGCGGGCAGGGCGUCCACGUGUGGGACGUGGACGGCACGCGCUACCUUGACUUCCUCUCUGCCUACUCGGCGGUCAACCAGGGCCACGCCCACCCGGCGAUCCUCGAGGCGCUCCACUCGCAGGCCGCCAAGCUGACGCUCACGUCGCGCGCCUUCCACAACUCCGUGCUCGGCGAGUACACGGAGUUCGUGACCGACUUCUUCGGCUUCGACCGCGUGCUCCCCAUGAACACGGGCGUCGAGGGCGGCGAGACCGCCAUCAAGCUCGCGCGGCGGUGGGGAUACGACGUCAAGGGCGUGCCGGAGAACGAGGCGACGGUGCUCUUUUGCGAGGGCAACUUCUGGGGCCGCUCGCUCUCGGCCUGCUCGUCGUCGAGCGACCCGAGCUGCCGCAAGGGCUUCGGUCCCUUCAUGAGCCACAUGGACCUCGUCCCGUAUGGCGACCUGCAGGCGCUCGACGCGGCGCUGACCGCCAACCCAAACGUGUGCGGCUUCAUGUUUGAGCCCAUCCAGGGCGAGGCGGGCGUGGUUGUGCCGCCGGCCGGGUACCUGCGCGGUGUGCGCGAGCUGUGCACAAAGCACCGCGUGCUGAUGAUUGCGGACGAGGUGCAGACGGGGCUCUGCCGGACGGGGCGCACGCUCGCUGAGGUGAAGCCCGACCUGCUCGUGCUCGGCAAGGCCCUCUCCGGAGGGGUGUACCCGGUCUCCGCCGUCCUCUCCUCGCACGAGGUGAUGCUCACCAUCCGACCCGGCGAGCACGGCUCGACGUACGGAGGCGAGCCGCUCGGGCGGGGGACACGCAACCCGCUCGGGUGCGCCGUCGCCAUCGCGGCGCUCAACGUCUUGCGCGACGAGAAGCUCGCAGAGAACGCCGCGGCCAUGGGCGACCUCCUUCGCGCACGCCUCGAGGCCAUCGACUCUCCGGCCAUCGCCGCCGUGCGCGGGCGCGGGCUGCUCAACGCGGUCGUCGUGCGCCCCGACGGCGCAAACGACGCGGGCGCGCUCUGCCACGCGCUGAUGGGCGCAGGCCUGCUCGCAAAGCCGACGCACGGCGACAUCAUCCGGCUCGCGCCGCCGCUCGUCAUCUCCGAGGAGCAGGUGAUGCAGGCGGCAGACAUCAUCGAGCGCGAGGUGCACCGCAUGUUCGAUGAACGGCCGCAGGCGGCAGCCGCGUGAAGACGCGCGGCACCCGCAAUCAAGCCUCGCUCCGGCGGAGGGGCGCGGGGGAAACCUUAAUCUUAAUUAAGAUACGAGCCCACGACUGUAAGUCGCGGGGCGCGGCGAUCGUCAUCCGACGAUACGCACGUAAGGUCAGAUGCCGGAGGCAGAGGCAGCUGUCCAGCGCGCUAAACCGGAAUCGUCUCAGCACAUCAACGUAGUAGAAAUAGUCUGUUGCAUGCCGGUUGGGUUACGGUGGAACGAAAAAGAAUUACAAGUGUUG